AUAGCCCAACUAGUUUGUAACGGUGCGACGCUCUAAGAGUGUUAAAAACGGUUUAACGAAUACGACGACACACACACAAACACAGAGAAUGGUUCGGCAUAUCCUAACGGGUGUGUCGUUAGCACUUUUAGUGCUUACCAGUGCUACAUUUGCCGAGGACUCAUCGAAUACACUGCUGUCUGUGCCCUCUAGUCCCUUCCAAAGUGAUAUUGCUUUCCAAUUUUUCGAUAUUGGCUCGGAACUAAGUUAUGAUUUGAGAAAUGUAACAGCCACAAGUGAAUCGGCCAGAAAAUACGACGAUGAUCAGUGCACCAAAGAUAUUGACCGUGUCUUGGCCGGAAUGAGGAGCUACAACGAAUGGGCCCUUAAAUUCCCCGACAGUUGGGGUCGUUUGCCCAUGGGUCUGUUGGCCGGUCACACCAUCAGUAUGGGUCAAUAUGAAGAAUGUAUUGAAAUUAAUCGUCAAUUUGCCGCUGAAGAAGCAAUUCGUGGUCAAUAUUGUUUGACCAAAAUCCCCAUUAAGAAUUACUAUAAGAAGAUCGAAAAGGACGAUGCCCAAAGUCGUGCCAUCAGUUACAAAUACAAGGACCCUGAAAACUUUGAAUUGGGUAUUUGUGUGCCAGCUUCCUGCUCACCGGCCAAGGCCAAUGUAAUCUUAAAACGGGUCAUUAAGAAAUUCUACAAUCAAGAUGUUCAAGGCGACUUGGUCAGUGAGAAGUACUGUGACAUCGAUGAACCAAUUACCUUGCGUGGUAUUGAUAUCUUUGCCAUUAUCUUCUUUGCAUUCAUUAUUUUCUGUAUGUUGGCCAGUUCCAUUUAUGAUUAUGUUAAGACCAAGAAAGGAGAACCCAAAUCCCCAUUGUACCUGUCCUUCUCCGUCCUUACCAACGCCCCCAAAAUCUUCACUGUUAAGAAGGUCAAUAACCCCAAUGUUAUCCACUGUCUUAACGGCUUGCGUUGCUUCUCCAUGAUGUGGGUCGUAUUCGGUCAUGGUUAUAUGACCUUCUACGAUUUGCCCCAUAUCAAUAGGAACAAAUUCUACACUUGGACCCAAACUCCUUACUCUAUGUUGGUACAAAAUGCUACACUUUGUGUAGAUACUUUCUUCUUCAUGUCCGGUCUGUUGAUGUUGUGGGGUGCCUUCCGUGAAAUGGAAAAGACCAAGGGUAAAUUGGACAUUAAACUCAUGUACUUCCAUCGUUACAUUCGUUUGACCCCUGUUGUUGCCGUCGUUGUUUUGUACAUUAUGUCCUUGUACAAAUACUCUGGUGCCGGUCCCAUGUGGAUGAAACUCGGUACUCAGGACAAACGUUGCGAAGAAUCAUGGUGGGCUACAUUGUUGUAUGUCCAAAACUAUGCUUUCCCCUACAGCAUUUGCAUCAGUCAGUCUUGGUAUUUGGCCGUCGAUACUCAGCUGUAUGUGCUGUCACCACUUUUCCUCAUUCCCCUGUGGAAGUGGGGUAAGAAGGCUGUUGCACCCAUCGCUGUAUUCGGUGUCCUCUGCAUGGGUUGUACGUUUGCCACGUUCAUGCACAACAACUUCACUCUCUUCCGUGUCGAUGAUAAUCAAGUCGAUUUACGUCAACGUCUUACCUACUAUCCAACACAUACCCGUAUUCCAACAUGGUUGAUGGGUGUACUCUUCGGUUACUUCUUGUUCACCAAGAAUCGCGGCCGUCAAAUACCAUUGAAGAAGGGUUGGGUUAUCACUGGCUGGGUUUUGGCUCUCGGUGUUAUGCUUACCGAUUUGUGGGGUCCAUACUGGCGCAUUUUGCCCGAAAACCCCGAUGCUCCCAUUAUUGAAGGUGCCUUCUAUGAACCCUUGUCCCGUGCCUCGUGGGCUUGUGCCAUUGGCUGGAUUGUAUGGGCCUGUUAUAACGGUCAUGGUGGCAUUAUCAAUGACUUCUUGUCCUGGGGAUUCUUCACCGGUUUCAGUCGCUUGACCUACUGCAUGUAUGUUAUCCACAGAAUUGUCCAAUGGGUCACUGCUGGUCGCUUACAAACCGACACUCACUUCUCUGAUUACGAUAUGGUUCUCCGUUGGUGGCACGAUUUCGGUAUUACUUUGUGCGCUUCAAUCUUUGCCACUUUGGCCUUUGAAUCUCCCAUUUUGGGCAUUGAAAAGGCCAUCUUCGGUCGUGGUGAAACCAAACCAGCACCCAAGAAAAUCGAACCAACCACCACAGUUGCCCCCGAACCAGUUCCCGCUGAGACCACAGCUGCUGAAACAGUUGCCAAGGCUUAAUUUCACUACCGUCAUUCAUCUAGUCUCCUAAACUCAUAAAAUCCCUACCAAAAUAAAUUGGCUAGAAAAUACAUCAAAUAACGUCCCAAAGAAUUUAAAAAAAAACAUACAUUUUAAUUUAUUACAAACCAAGUUAUAUAUUCUUGAUAUUGUUAUCUUCGUAUUGAUUACGAGCGUAUCAAAAGUAGGCAAUAAUCUAAAUAUAUAUGAAUAUUUAUUAAACAGAUAAAAUAUUGUAAUAUUCAUUAAACGUUGGAUUUAAGGCCUGUGUCCAUAUGAA